AUGGUUAAGAUUCUCUGCCUCGCUGCCUUGGGCCUUGCUGCCCUUUCUCAGGCUACUAAGCUGCACGUCAACAACGGUUACAUUACCGUCGACGACGCCGCUGUCCGCAGCUCCAUUGACGUCAGCCCUCCUGUGAACAUUUACGCCCGGUUCGAUGGCAGCUCCAACAAGGAAAAGGCCAAGCCUGGCUGCAAGCUGGAGGGGGCGUCAUGGGAAAGCAGCUAUGGUGAUAUUUACUUUGGCGAGGACAACUGCCUCUAUGACUCCAAGGGCCAGAACAUCAACGGCCAGUGCUGCAAGCCAGAGGGUAAUCUGCCCGAGGUCAAGAACCCCUACUACGGCUAA